AUCGAGCGGCGACCGCCCAGCACAGAAACAUGGCGGCGCUGUCGGGGGAGCGUUGGAGGGAAUGUCUGCCGGAGCAUGAGAUGAUUAAAAAGCUCCAGGAGAGGCUUCAUUUAGAGUCACAGGGCACCAGCAGGAGGAUAGCGAAGAACCUGACCUUCUGUCUGAACGGAGACUUCUUCAUCUGGGACAACGUGGAGAGCGUGUUCUACACUACAAACCUUCGACAAAUCAACUCCGAUGAGGAGCCCGACUCCAGAUACCAGACUUUGCUGUGCAUCAACCCGCCCCUUUUUGAAGUGUGUCAGGUUCUGCUCAGCCCCACCCAGUACCAUGUGGCUCUCAUCGGUCAGCGUGGGGCAACAGUGCUGGAGUUGCCUCAGCGAUGGGGCAAGAAGUCUGAGUUUGAAGGUGGACGUAUGGAAAUAAACUGCAAGACUAUUCCUGUGGCUGAACGCUUCUUCACCAGCUCUACCUCCGUUACCCUGAGGCAGGCUGCUUGGUUUCCCAGUGAGACAGAGGAGCCUCACUUGGUGCUUCUGACCUCAGACAACACCAUCAGAUUCUACAAUCUUAAAGAGCCUCAGACUCCAGCUAGAGUGCUUCCAGUCUCUCAGUCAGAGGAGGAGACCAGUGUCCACACAAGAGGGCGCUCUUAUGCAGCCUCUCUGGGUGAGAUCGCUGUGGCGUUUGACUUCGGCCCGCUUGUGGACGUCCCCCGUCAGCUUGCCCGCCAGCGGCUGAGUGACGACCUGCUGGUGUACCCCUUAUACAUCCUCUACGAGAACGGAGAGACCUUUCUGAGCUACACCUCUCUCACACACACCACUCUGGGGAAGCUGCUGGGUCCUCUCCCCAUGUACCCUGCUGCUGAGGAUAACUAUGGCUAUGACGCCUGCGCAGUGCUGUGUCUGCCCUGUGUACCCAACAUCCUGGUUAUUGCCACAGAGACAGGCAUGCUGUAUCAUUGUGUGGUGCUGGAGGCAGAGGAGGAAGAAGACGGUGGAUCUGUGGAAAGGUGGUCCCGGGGCUCAGAGACCGUGCCCUCCCUCUACGUAUUUGAGUGUGUGGAGCUGGAGCUCACGCUCAAACUUCCCGCUGGAGAGGAGGAGGACAUUGUAGAGUCGGACUUCACCUGCCCAAUCAGGUUACACAGAGAUCCACUAUGUCAGCACCGGUAUCAUUGCACCCAUGAGGCAGGUGUUCACAGUGUGGGUCUCUCCUGGUUCAACAAACUCCACAAGUUCCUGCAGUCAGAUGAGGAGGAUAAAGACAGCCUGCAGGAGCUGGCAGCUGAGCAGCGCUGCAUAGUGGAACACAUACUCUGUACCAGACCUCUCACCAGCAGUUUGCCAGCUCCAGUGCGGGGUUUCUGGAUCGUGUCUGAUCUUUCUCUGGGCGCCACCAUGAUCUGUAUCACCAGCACUUAUGAGUGUCUCCUGCUCCCUCUGCUAAGUUCCAUUCGUCCUCCCUCUCCUCCUCUGUUAUGCUCACGGGUGGGGACACUCGAGGGGUCUGGGAACUCUCCUCUGCGUGGACUGGCUGAGGACUCCUUUGAGCAGCAUAUCCGUAAUAUACUGGCACGUACUUCCACCAACCCGCUGAUGAUGAGGGCGGGGGAUAAGGACACCUCAACACCCACUCCAGAGUGUCUGCAGCUGCUGAGCAGAGCCACACAGGUCUUCCGUGAGGAAUAUAUACUUAAGCUGGACCUGGCCAGAGAAGAAAUGCAGAGAAGAGUCAAACUGCUGACGGGUCAGAAGAACAAGCAGCUGGAGGACCUGGCACUGUGCAGAGAGGAGCGAAAGAGCCUGAGGGAGGCAGCAGAGCGGCUGGCUGAUAAGUAUGAAGAUGCCAAAUAUCGCCAGGAAGCCAUCAUGAACAGGAUGAAGCGGGUUCUAGGAAGUCUGCGCAAUCAGCUUCCUGUUCUGUCUGACAGCGAAAAGGACAUGAAGAAAGAACUGCAGACCAUCAAUGACCAGCUCCGUCACCUAGACAACACCAUCACACAGGUCAAUAUGAAAAAGGAGUACCAGACGAAGCAGAUGGAUAAAGGCCUCCUGACUCCAGCUCGAGCCAGAAUCACGCUGAACGCCCACCAGAGGAAGUGUAUUCAGGGGGUCUUGAAGGAGCAGGGUGAGCACAUCGGCGAUAUGAUGAAACAAAUCAAGGACAUCAAGAACCAUUUCAGUUUCUGAACAGUGAGCAGCCAGCACUGGCCAGCUUUGCUGAAUCAAUGUAAUUAUUAUUAUUAUAUACCUGCGCGAUAAAGACCAUAAAAGAACAUUGAGAAAAGUAUAUUUUGCUUGUAUGUUUUUGGUCUAGUGUGGUCUAGGUCAGAUGAGCGUAAUUUCCUGUAAGGGACAGUGUCUUGUCUUGCACUGUCUAGGGAAGUAGGUUGGAGUGAUUCUAAGGGCAAAAUGAAAGCUGACACAUUUCUCUACAGGCAGUCUGAGUAAACUUUAAUGUUUGUGUACAAGUGUGCAUCUCUUUGGAUAAUAAAAUGUUUUGUAUAUUU